AUGGCCAGUGGUAACUUAAAUCCACUUUCUGUUCCUAUCCCCAUCUUUACUGGACGAAAAUAUGAUACUUGGAGGAUUAAGAUGGAGACAUAUUUUUUGUCCCAAGACUUAUGGGACAUUGUUAAUGAGGGAAUCUCUGUUCCAGACAACACCUCCACUCUAUCUGAGCGACAACAGAAGCAGUUGAAAGAAAGUAGGCAGAAAAAUGCAGCAGCACUUUACAUCCUUCUACAAGCGGUGGAGUAUGACAUUUUUUCAAAAAUUUAUGAAGUUAAGACGGCAAAAGGAGCAUGGACAGCGUUAAAAAAAGAGUUCCAAGGAAAUACACAGCCUACCGCAUUAUCAGAUGAGGAUAGGGAGCAAUGCGAGAAAUACUUGUCGCUAUAUAAAGCUAUACUCGAAGGCAACCUGGAAACUGUACAACAGAUCUGUCAUGAUAAUAAAGAGGCACUAAGAGCCAGGAUCACUGUAAACUGGGACACAGCUCUUCAUGUAGCUGUUGGGAUUGGGACAUGCAAGGCAAAUGAUAUUGUCAAGUAUCUAUUGGAUCAGAUGCCAAUUGAUGAUGACCUACUGGUAAAGAAAAAUAAAGAGGGCAACACGAUUCUUUCCGUUGCUGCAAUUGUUGGAAAUGUCCGAGCAGCCUUCAUGAUAUUGAUGAAAAAUAAACAUAAAACUUUAAUUCAAGAUUCAAACAAUUCUAAAAGAAUACCUUUGAUUGAGGCAGCUCGACAUGGCCAAAAGAAGAUGAUUGAAUUUUUAUUGCCUUUCAGCAACAGUUACUUCGAUUAUGCAGAUUUAACAGGUUUUAGUGAUGACUCUGGCGUUUCUUUCCUAAAUUCGCUUAUAAUUGCUGGAUUUUAUGGCUUGGCACUAAAAGUGCUUCAAAUACAUGGAAAUUUAGCUACGAAGCAGUUACCUACUGGUGAGUUUGUUUUGAGUACAAUAGCAGGAAAGCCAUCGGCAUUUCGGAGUGGACAACAAACAAAGCGAAAGUUUUUGCAAUUCUUCAAAGAUUAUAAAUCUGAUAAGCGUGAGUAA